AGGUGUGAAUAAUUUAGUGAUAGCCUGGCUGUGUGAAGCUACAUGACAGCACAGCCUUCAGGGGAGAACCGUUACCCCUCCGGUCCGGUACUCGGAUGGACUAGUGAGGGACAGUUUAGGGACAUAGGGGAACGACAGAGUCUCUGUCGUCACGAAGACGCCGUCACGAUUGAGGGGCGCAGGAAUUCUGUGGCGCUGGUAGGGGGCGAGGGCGGGGUCUGGUAUGAGCUGCCUCACGAACUACGACCCCCUCCCUCAGACUUUUUACCUCAGAAGGACGGAGCCAUGUACCCCUACCAGAUCUACCAACUCUACCCAGAGAGACAUGGACAACCACUUCCACACACCCUGGUGAGGAAGAACUCAGUACCCGAGCUGAGUAGCCUCUAUCUCAGGCAAAUGAUGGCAGCCAGGGCUUCUUCCGUGGUUCCUCCAGCUCAACAGAAUUACUACCAGACUGAACUCCCGCCGGACAACACAGCCCCGGCUAUGACUGCUACUACUGCUGUUACCAGGAGCUUAUCUCCUCGUUGUCCUGAAGACGGCUCUUCCUUAUAUAGGGCCAGCCAGCAGCAGCAUCACCUGCUUAACAGAUCAGCGUCGCAUUAUGGGAUGUCCGGGCUCACCGGUGGACAAGGGGGGUUUAGAGCUGGUGUUUCUACUGCGUCUGCCUGGGAUCAAGGACACGCCAUGUCCGCCCCUCCUCUCCCAGCUCUUACUCCUGCCCCAGGCCCUCCCCCUCCUCCUCCUCCUCCUCCUCCCUCUCCCACUCACAACGAGCUCAGCCGGUCGUACCGGGAAGCCAAGAUGAUCCCAGACUUCCAGCACAGCAUUGGUGUCUGCAGGGCUCCAUCUCCUGCCUGCUACGGGGUCCAACCCCCACUUCCUGUUUACGCUGCGGCCCAGCCUCAGCCUCUCCCUUCUCUUUCUGCUUAUCACCCUCCCCUCUACAGUGCCAUCUACAACCUCCCUUUGGACCCCCGGGUUGGUGUUGGACAGGCUGCCGCAGCCACCAGUCUCAUGGUGGACCCAGCUACCCAGCAACACAGACACAUGGACGGUUCCCUCCAACGCUACGGUGCUGUAGCAUCCCAGAGGCUUCCCUACGACCCGGGAUACGACCCCGGCUCUGCCAUGGUCCAACAACAACAACACCCUAGCGCGGCGUUGAAUAUGGAUCCCAAGAGGAUGGUGGACCCAGGGUUCCUGGCGUUCCUCAGAGCCGAGGGUCUAGCGGACAGCACCAUCAGCUUACUACUCCAGCAGGGCUUUGACUCCACCUCUAUGCUGGGGGUCAUGGAGGAUCAUGACGUCCGUUCUAUAGCCACUAAUCUGGGCCAGGCCCGAGCUCUGUCCAGCGCGGUGCUUCGCUGUAAACAGCAGCCUGGGGAGUCGGCCUUAGCCGCUCAGCAGCGCAUUAGAGGCCGCUCCAACAGCUUCGGCCACACCAACAACCUCUACAUGCAAGGGAUGCAUAACAUGACCCAGGGGAUGAGCAGCAUGGCCAUGGACCCCCACACGAUGCAUCAGCAGCCCCCCACCACCCUCCAGACCUUCAGCCCCAGGAUGGGAGAGUUCCUGGGCAGGAGACCCAACAGCGCCCCAUCUCAACACCUCCUGGAGACCACCACGUACGGAGCACCCCGAGGGACCUUCCCCGUCAGCUCCGGGGGAUACGGUAACGCCGUCACCCAGGCAAGACCGCUAUCCAUGUACAACGCCCACACCGGCAUCGCCAUGUCCGCCCUGCAGCACCAGCAGCCUACUGCCACCAACACCCCCGGAGGAAUGGCCCCCAAAACCUUCUCUGGUUCUUACUCCCCCAUGGAGCUCAUGAAGAGAGCCCCCAAUAUGCCCCCCAUGUCACCUGGGGUGGUUCAGAGCCCCCUGCACAGCCCCCAGCUGCUGAGGAAGGGGACGUCCAAUGCAGGGGAGAGCGGUGUGGUCGUAGCAGCGUCGUCCACCUCCCACCAGAUACAGACCCUUAACAACAACAGGACGGCAGGACGGAGGACGGGACCACCUGUCAUUGUUUCUACCAUGGCUGCCUCGCCUGAUACAAGUAUCCGGCCCCAGAUCAUGAACGGGCCGAUGCAGCCUCGCCCCUUAGUGGCCCUGCUGGACGGGCGUGACUGCACCGUGGAGAUGCCCAUCCUAAAAGACCUGGCCACCGUCGCCUUCUGUGACGCACAGUCCACACAGGAGAUACACGAGAAGGUGUUGAACGAAGCGGUAGGGGCCAUGAUGUACCACACCAUCACUCUGACCAGAGAGGACCUAGAGAAGUUCAAGGCUCUACGCAUCAUCAUCCGCAUCGGCAGCGGCUACGACAACAUCGACAUCAAGGCAGCCGGAGAGCUGGGCGUAGCAGUGUGUAACAUCCCGUCGGCCUGCGUGGAGGAAACAGCAGACUCCACCAUGUGUCACAUCCUCAACCUGUACCGACGAAACACCUGGUUGUACCAGGCUCUCCGGGAGGGCACGCGGGUCCAGAGCGUAGAGCAGAUCAGAGAGGUGGCGUCCGGAGCGGCGCGCAUCCGUGGGGAGACAUUGGGCCUAAUAGGCUUCGGUCGUUCGGGUCAGGCGGUGGCCGUGCGGGCCAAGGUGUUUGGCUUCAACGUGAUCUUCUACGACCCCUACCUGCAGGACGGCUUGGAGCGUUCCCUGGGCGUCCAGCGCGUCUACACCCUACAGGACCUCCUUUACCAGUCAGACUGUGUGUCUCUGCACUGCAACCUGAACGAACACAACCACCAUCUCAUCAACGACUUCACCAUCAAACAGAUGCGUCAGGGAGCGUUCCUGGUGAAUGCAGCGCGGGGAGGGCUGGUGGAUGAGAAGGCCCUGGCUCAGGCCCUGAAGGAGGGGAGGAUACGUGGCGCUGCCCUGGACGUGCACGAGAUAGAACCGUUCAGUUUUGCUACAGGCCCUCUAAAGGAUGCUCCCAACCUGAUCUGUACACCACACACAGCCUGGUACAGUGAACAGGCUUCUCUGGAGAUGAGAGAGGCAGCUGCCACCGAGAUACGAAGAGCCAUCAGCGGCCGCAUCCCUGACAGCCUAAGAAACUGUGUGAAUAAGGAGUUCUUUGUGACCACAGGACCAUGGGCAGUAAUGGACCAGCAAGGUGUCCACCCAGAGCUCAAUGGCACCGCCUACAGCCAAGCCAACCAACCUCUGCACACCCUAACUACCGGUGUUCCUCAAGACAAAAUGUAAUACCUUUAGCACUCAGGUACCCGCCAGGCAUGAUGGGCAUGGCUCCAGGGGUGAUCCCGGGUGGGUUAGAGGGGAUGGUGCCAGGGGGGGUACCAAUCGCCCAUACACUGCCCUCUGGUACGCACCCGUCCCAGGCCCCCUCGCCCAACCAGCCAGCCUCCAAACACUGUCAUGGAGAGACCAGAGAGCACCUCACCGAGCAAUAGCACCCUGACCGCCAGCAUAGCAGCCAGCCAACCAGCCAGCAGAGAGGACAACAACAACAGGAAGAGCAACACCUCCUCAAACUCAACCAGUAGAGAGGACAACAACAACAGGAAGAGCAACAUCCUCAACACCUCCUCAAACUCAACCAGUAGAGAGGACAACAACAACAGGAAGAGCAACAUCCUCAACACCUCCUCAAACUCAACCAGUAGAGAGGACAACAACAACAGGAAGAGCAACAUGCUCCUCAACACCUCCUCAAACUCAACCAGUAGAGAGGACAACAACAACAGGAAGAGCAACAUGCUCCUCAACACCCCCUCAAACUCAACCAGUAGAGAGGACGACAACAACAGGAAGAGCAACAUGCUCCUCAACACCCCCUCAAACUCAACCAGUAGAGAGGACGACAACAACAGGAAGAGCAACAUGCUCCUCAACACCCCCUCAAACUCAACCAGUAGAGAGGACAACAACAACAGGAAGAGCAACAUGCUCCUCAACACCUCCUCAAACUCAAGCUACACUCACAACCAACUCAAGUAAAACAAACACACAAACAAAAGAGCCUCAGUGAAGUGGGACCAAUAAGACACAGAACACAACGAUAUAGAGCAUCAGUCCUGGGAAUAAACCUACCGAACUGUGAAUGAAGAAGCAGUUCCUUCACGGAUUUGUACUUAACAUUUUAGUUUUGACUGUCUCGUUGGUUGAUACGGUCUCUUUAGGUUCAGUACCAACUACUACAGCACUCAGUUUUAUUCCGGAACAUGCCCAUUUGGACCGUAUGUGUGGGACCAUGGGUCCAGUGUUAGCUAUCUAUCGCCGUCGUAUAGUGGCAAGCAGAGAGGAGACUGACAGUCCCGCCCACACCUCAGAGCAUCAUGGGAAGACUUCCUGACCAAUGGGAGAACAUUGAGAGAAACCUUUGCCCCCCCCAUCCUUUGACCCCCCCAUCCUUUGACCCCCCCAUCCUUUGACCCCCCCAUCCUUUGACCCCCCCCAUCCUUUGACCCCCCCAUCCUUUGAUGGGGGGGUCAAUAUAUAUAUAUUAUCAUCAAACAGAAAGAGAAAUACAUUACAGAUGACUUUAUCAUCAGUAAUUGUAAUCUGAGUGAACUUUAACCACUUUCCCGACCAAUACGUCCUGCUAUCAUCAUCAUCAUCAUCAAUGUUUCACAGUUGUUUCAGUUCCCAGGUGUUUACCACCAAAGAGCCCUAUUAUACUGCAGCGGAUUGGUGGAAAUGCCCUUUUCCCUCCCUAUUAUACUGCAGCGGAUUGGUGGAAAUGCCCUUUUCCCUCCCUAUUAUACUGCAGCGGAUUGGUGGAAAUGCCCUUUUCCCUCCCUAUUAUACUGCAGCGGAUUGGUGGAAAUGCCCUUUUCCCUCCCUGUUAUACUGCAGCGGAUUGGUGGAAAUGCCCUUUUCCCUCCCUGUUAUACUGCAGCGGAUUGGUGGAAAUGCCCUUUUCCCUCCCUCAGCCACAGAGUAUCAUAAACAACAAAGUGUUGUGUUACCAAGAGGGCAUGUGUUGGCCGAACUCUGACAUAACAUAUUGUAGAUAGAGCCCCUGUAAGAACUGAGGACAAACAUAGCUGGUUACUACAGCAUGGAUGUGAUGAUGGCCCGGAUUCAAUCCGAUAACUUUUACAUCCUCGUAAUACGCUGUGAACGUGACGCGGCGUGACGUCAUACUUCCAGGGUCAGUCCCUUAAUCUUUUUUUGAAUUCGGCUUGACAAAUCUAUCAUCAAAUUCGUGAAAACGCGGUCAUUUAAGAUAUCAAAUUAUAUUUGUGAAUGAAUUUACUUUCUGCCAGAUGGCUUUUAUUACGUUUUUUGUUGUUGCGAUGAAGACCAUUACGCUACAUUUUUUUUGCAAGUUGAAGAACAUUCAAAAAGCCAACAAAAUUUUUAAAAACGACAAGGCUACUUCCUAGAAAAUGGCGUGUCACUUUCAUAGCGUAUAACGUGCUGGACUUAAAAGAUCAUUUACGAUUGAGACGUCAUAUGAACUGUUUACCGUGAAUGCGGUCAUGGUGAAUGCGGGAACAUUGCCUUUUGUUAAGAGUCUAAGCCAGGUCUACAAAGCUAACAUAUUGAAAUUAUUUUUAAGAUGGUCCUACCAAUGAUUUUGAAUUUUAGGACCCCCUUUAGAUAUAACAAAAAUAUAUAUUUAAAAAAUAAUUAUUUGAUGAAACGUUGAAUUUGGCCUUACUGCUAUUAGCCCAUAGAAACGCAUUGAAUAACAGAUUAAUACAUGGGGAUAAAACAGUCAAAGAAUAUUAUCAAAAGGAAGUUUGUUUUAAAGUUUCUGCCCUAUAUCUGAGAGAUAUAAAGAAAGAUCAGGAAAUUAUUCAUAUAUAUUUUUACCCAUAUUUACUGAGAAACAAAAUUAUUUUACUGGCACCAAGCUACCUUUAGACAAGUCUUGACAGGCUUCUGUGUUCGUGAGAGUCUCACCUUGCCUUAGUGGUCAUAUUAUACUGAACAGAAAUAUAAACACAACAUGUAAAGUGUUGCUCCCAUGUUUCAUGAGCUGAAAUAAAAGAUCCCAGAAAUGUUCCAUACGCACAAAAAACAUAUUUCUCUAAAAUGUUUUGCACAAAUUUGUUUACAUCCCUGUUAGUGAGCAUUUCUCCUUUGCCAAGAUAAUUAAUCCACCUGACAGGUGUGGCAUAUCAAGAAGCUGAUUAAACAGCAUGAUCAUUACAAAGGUGCACCUUGUGCUGGGGACAGACCACUCAAAUCUGCAGUUUCGUCACACAACACAAUGCCACAGAUGUCUCAAAUUUUGAGGGAGCGUACAAUUGGCAUGCUGACUGCAGGAAUGUCCACCAGAGUUGUUGCCAGAGAAUCUAAUGUUAAUUUCUCUACCAUAUGUCGCCUCCAACGUUGUUUUAGAGAAUUUGGCAGUACGUCCAACCGACCUCAAAACCGCAGACCACGUGUAACCAUGCCAGCCCAGGACCUCCACAUCCGGCUUCUUCACCUGCGGGAUCGUCUGAGAGCCCCCCCCCCAUCCGGAGACAGCUGAUGAAGCUAAGGAGUAUUUCAGUCUGUAAUAAAGCCCUUGUGUGGGGAAAAACUCACUUUUAUUGGCUGGGCCUGGCUUCCCAGUGGGUGGGCCUUAGCCCUCCCAAGCCCAACCAUGGCUGAGCCCUUGCCCAUCCUAAUUUAUUUAUUUCAAUUGACUGAUUUCGUUAAAUGAACUGUAACUCAGCAAAAUCGUUUAAAUUGUUGCGUUUAUAUUUUUGUUCAGUAUAGUUUUGUUGGCCAAACCUUUCGGGCGCUACAGACGUUUUCUUGAGAAGACCCAUGGUCUCUUGGUCUGACAAAGACCCUGCAGCUUGGCCACCUUCCACCACAGAUGGAAGGCUGCCACUGGUGGAUGCUAUGAAUUGAGACACAGCCCAUGCAACAAAAAAAAUAUAUAUAUUAUAUCUCUAGCUUAGACAUAUUUGAUGGGGAUAUUUUUAUUUACUAUGCUAAUUGAUUUUCCGUGGGGGGGGGGCCACGGACAUCGACUCUAGGGGAUAAAAGUUGCACAGCCGACAAAAGCGCGAUGGGAUUGAAUCCCGGCCAUUGUUGGAGUCGUGGUUACAGUAUAAACCGUCAGAGAGCAUCAGCUUUGAGGUUUAAUCCAAAGGGCUGUUAAGCCAAUAACACAGCACAUAGAAAUACAUCAAUAACACAUUAAAAUAUAAAAAAAUACAUCUAUAAUACAUUAUUUUGGCAAUUGUAAGUUCCAAGGUAAAACAAUAUUGUUCCAUAUCGUCCAGGUCAGUCAGUGUUCAACAACACGUUUCUCCAACGCUCUGAUUGUAGUUAAUCAUAUCCGACUUAUUGGGAGUCGUGUUACACACGGCGCUCCAGAGACAACAGGAGUCUGUUCAGUUUAUUACGGAGGGAUUCCACUCCUCUCAGAGCUUUAGGAUUCAAUCUGAUCGCGAGUUAUAAGCAUUGUGGUUCUUUUUUUCUUUAAGGCAAUUUCUGAUUGAGCUGACCCAUUGCAGCGUUUACCGUGAAUGGGAUCUCCACGGACGCUGUAACAUUACCUUAACAAGCUGCGUUGUCAACAGCGUUUAUACGGAUUGAAUCCCAGCCCUACUCUCUCUCUCUCUCUGAACCUCAACAUGAAACUGGACUAUUCCCUCAGAUAGCCCUGUGUCUACCCUGAAAGACGGUCUGUGAGACUGACUCUCUCUCUCUCUAAACCUCAACAUGAAACUGGACUAUUCCCUCAGAUAGCCCUGUGUCUACCCUGAAAGACGGUGUGUGAGACUGACUCUCUCUCUCUCUGAACCUCAACAUGAAACUGGACUAUUCCCUCAGAUAGCCCUGUGUCUAUCCUGAAAGACGGUGUGUGACACAUCUCACUGUCAACAAGAGAAAAGGACGUCAUUUGCUGUUCAUUAUUGGAUAAGAAUAAAUUUUGUGCAGCUGUCAAGAUACACGACGUUUAUUACUCACUAAAGAGGAUGUUUGUGGUUUUAACUGUUUUGCAAGAAGGACACACUGUCUGUUUUUCUCUCUGUUUGGCAAGAUAACAUUUUUCUGGGUCUCCUUGCAAAUGGACAAGCAAGUCUGACUCUCUCUCCCUUAUUGACGGCGAAAGGAAACCGCUUGUGACUCUCCUACGUGAGCGAUUUAGUUGUGUUGAGCCCCACUACACAUCUCUGAUCGAUUGAUCUCCGUGAUCAGGAAAGGAUUCAAGCUCAACUUGCAUUCCUUUAUGACUCAGGAAAACACAACAUUUUUUGCAGAUAUCAUUUCCCCUCCAAAAUUGCUUCCAAUAAUGUGGGUAGUUCUGGAUAUUUUUCCCUCUUCCUUCCUUCCUCCAUUGUGGUAUUUUUAUAUAAUGAGGCACAUCCCCCAUUGUUGGUGUUAAAAGAGUUUUGCUAGAUUUGUUCCUGUUAGAUUUGUAUUGCCUAGUUCAAUGUUCCUAUAACCAUUAGUCCCAUGUGAUCCCUCCAUCCUCCUCAUCUCUUCUUCGUGCUAUUGAAAGACGUGGCCCUUUGGGCCGUUUUGCUAUUUUACUCUAUUAUAAAAAACGGGUAGUUUGUAUCCUGGAUGCUGAUUGGUUGAUAGCCGUUAGUUAUUCACGAUAAUACAUAAAUGCCUGUUUUACAGUUCCAUUGGAAUGAACUCUGUACUUGGUCAGAGUACUAGGGAAACGGUGUCCCAGCAAUAGCAAAAGAAGAGACAGCCAGCCAGCAGUGGGUUUUAUUUUAGUGUGAGUAUUUGUUACUUGUGCAAGGUGAUCAUUUAUCAUUCAGUGCAGCUCAAAUAAAAUAAAAAAUGAUUGAGAUUUAGCUGUGUGUGUGUGUGUGAGAUUGUUUAAAAGCAAAUGACUCCGUCAUCUAACAUCUACCUGGGGCUGGCAGGGUAGCCUAGUGGUUAGAGCGUUGGGCCAGUAACCGAAAGGUUGCUGGAUUGAAUCCCUGAGCUGACAAGGUAAAAAAUCUGUCGUUCAGGGGCAGAACAAGGCAGUUAACCCACUGUUCCCCGGUAGGUCGUCAUUAUAAAUAAGAAGAAUUUGUUCUAAACUGACUUGCCUAGUUAAAUAAAGGUUACACACACACACACACACACACACACACACACACACACACCAUACUGACCCAAAAGUUAUUUUAUUGGCAUUUACGUAUGUCCCCAUUAUCAGUAAAACAAUAAAAACAUAUUUCUUUCACUUAA